CGCGUUGAGUGUGUAUUCAAACGACGUGUCAAAGAUGUGCACUUGGACGCCAAAGUUUUGUCCGUCGUCUUGCAAAUGCUAUUAUGACUCAAGCGCACUACACAUCAACUGCUCAGGCGCGCAAAUUGAGGGCAUUGCAGAGUUACCGCGUCCGGAACAAUUUUCGUUGACCACCACCACGCUUGAUAUUGCACACAAUCGCUUCUAUGAGUUGCCCUCGAAUCUCACUUUCGGCUACGCCAAUGUGUCGUGCAUCUAUGCGGCACACAAUCGUCUCACCACCAUACAACCCGCGCACUUGCCGCCGAAUUUGACGACAUUGGACUUGCGCAACAAUCACUUGGAACGCUUGAGCGCGAGCUUUUUGCUUGCCUACUUAAAUGAAAGCGUAACACUGCAGUGGCUAUAUCUCUCCGAGAAUACCUGGCUCUGCGAUUGUGAAGCUGAGCAACUGUUGUACACUGUGCGCACGCAUCGUUUACGUAUCCCCGAUGUCGAGGACUUGUACUGCGACAACCUGCCCAAUGCGUCAUUGCUGCAUGUGCCGUUCGCAGAGGUGUGUGCCGCGCCACCAGCGCAGCGCAUGGGCCUCAUGUGGCUACUGCUCGGCGUGGCGCUCGUAAUAAUUAUGCUAAUUAGCGCAUUGGCUGUUUAUUACAAAUACAAUUUGGAGAUAAACGUAUGGUUGUUUGCGCGCAACUUGUGCCUGUGUUGUGUACGCGAACAUGAAAUAGAUAAGCAUAAAACAUUCGAUGCGUUUAUCUCGUAUGCACAUCAGGACGAACACUUUGUCAAUCAUGUACUGCUGCCCGGUCUGGAGCAGUGCGUUCCACCAUUCCGUGUCUGCACACACGAACGUAAUUGGUUGGCCGGCGCCUAUAUUCCCGAACAGAUUGUGGAAUCUGUUGCUCAAUCGCGUCGCACGAUCAUUGUGCUCUCGCAGCAUUUCAUCGAAUCGGAUUGGGGGCGAAUGGAGUUUCGCACAGCGCAUCAGUGUUCGUUGAAUGAAGGGCGUGCGCGCAUAAUUAUUAUAAAAUUUGGUGAGAUUACGAAUAAGUCAGCAAUUGACAAGGAGUUGAGAGCUUAUUUGGAUAUGAAUACCUACUUGGAGUGGGAAGAGCAUCCAUGGUUUUGGAGUAAGUUACGUUAUGCAAUGCCGCAUCGUAAGGGCGAGGGACGCAGAGCGGGUAUGCUUGAAUUGAGUGGUGAUGAUCGAAGGGAAUAUGUAGUUGGAGAGGUAGAAAUGAAUCGAUUACGGUGAGGAGAAGGAAAGUGCGAGAGUUACGUGCCCAUGACAGUUGGUUCUACGUCGUUUGAGUAGCGUUCGGCAGAGAUGUGCGGAGAGUAAAUAGGACAAAGAGGGCAGCUACGACGUUAUGCACGAUAACAACG